AUGGAAGAAGAACGGUUGAAGAAUUCCGGAGAAGCAAAAAUGGUGUCGUCAGCAGUGGUAAACACGUAUCCACUGCAAAGCUACACUUUCGGUUCUAAAGAGGCCAAAAUGGAGAAAGACACCUCCGUUGCUGAUCGCCUUGCCCGCAUGAAAGUCAAUUACAUGAAGGAGGGGAUGAGGACUAGCGUCGAAGGAAUUUUGUUGGUACAAGAGCAUAAUCAUCCGCAUAUUCUUCUGCUGCAAAUUGGAAAUACUUUCUGUAAACUCCCAGGUGGCAGACUGAAGCCAGGAGAGAACGAAAUUGAUGGCUUGAAAAGGAAACUUUCUAGCAAACUCGCUGCGAAUUCACCUGGUCUUGAGCCAGAUUGGAAGAUAGGUGAAUGUGUUCGGCCUAAUGGAGAAGAAGAUAUCAAUGUCACCGGCCAGCAAGCCCUUUUCCAGUUUUCCUUCACAAAACCUACUGGUAUGAAGAAUAGAAGAUUUAGGGUUGCCUCAGUUGCGGGCGGGUUGUCUCGUGUAAUUGUGGUGUUGUAA